AUGAAUGCCGGCGUCUCGAGUGUGAAGAACAAGUUCAGCAAACUCUCUACGAAGGGUGACAAGGAUGGUCUUCAGCCAAAGACACCCACCAGAAGCGACGACGAGUACCAACCCAAAGACUUCGCAGACUCUGAGGAAGAGCAGGGCGCCGCCAAAAACCUGGGAAGUCGUUGA